ACUCUUAUUUUGAAACUGACCGGAUAUUGUCGUGACUCCUACCUCUGAUUUCAGUCUGUGGACGCGUAGAGCUCGAAAAACACUUCUUUGAUUCCGUGUUUAUAAAAACGCUUCUCAGCGCGGCUGUCGGUCUGAGCCACAGCAUGGCAGACCCGGCCCGUAUCAAACCCGAUGCGGGGUUCAGUGAAAUGAGCACGUCUGCGGAGAGACCCAAGCAGGGCGAGGGGUCCGGUGAGGGUCUGGGAGGCUCCAGUACUGCCUCUGAACCAGUGAACCCUGCAGUCCAGACAACUACAAAAGAGGAGGGCAAAGCCAGGUCUGCUGAAGAUGCUGCUGCUGCUGCUGGUGAAGAAGAGGAAGAGGGAUCUUCAUCACUUCAUCCUCCUCCUGCUAAAAAACUGAAAGUGGAGCAUGACAAGAAAAAGGAGAAGCGGCAUAAAGUUGAUGAAGAUGAAAUACAAAAGAUGCAAGUUUUAGUAUCAUCAUUUUCUGAAGAACAGCUGAACCGCUAUGAGAUGUACAGACGCUCUGCGUUCCCAAAGGCAGCUAUUAAAAGACUAAUCCAGUCCAUCACAGGAUCUUCUGUCUCUCAAAAUGUGGUCAUCGCCAUGUCAGGAAUUGCGAAGGUGUUUGCUGGGGAGAUUGUUGAGGAAGCUCUUGACGUGUGUGAGAAGUGGGGAGACACACCACCUCUGCAGCCCAAACACAUGAGGGAAGCUGUAAGGAGACUGAAGAGCCGAGAGCAAAUUCCCAACACCAAACACAAACACAUCCUCUUCCACUGAGCUCCAGUCCCUCUCAUGACUCUCCUCCUAUUGGAAAAGACUAUGUCGAUUAGUAGUUUUUUUGUAAGGAAAAUGGACACAACCAUGCAUCUUUUUUCAGAUCUCUGAUGUGUUUGGAAUGUACUGUUAUCUUCAGUUUUGUUCAUUUUGUGUACAGUAGAGCAUGUUAGUCCACAGUAUUUCUUGUAAGUAUGCCAUUGAAAUGUGUGUGGACUCUUUCAUUUUUUAAAUAUUUGUUUUACUUUUGAAAACUGCAUAGGCCUAUAUGUGCAGUGAUGUUUUGUGUAUGGCAAAGAUAUAAAAAUGUAGUCUUUGGACUUGAUGAAAGAAUGUAAAAUUGAGUUUUUUGAUGAAACCCACAGUUUUCUUUAUCAUAAGACCAGACAGUCAUAAUAAAGCUUGACUAACAGAUUA